AGAGAGAGGGAGUGCUGCCUGCUUCGGGACUUCUGGUAGUGCGGCAGAAGCACCGGAGAAAAGGCUAACUGGAAGGGGGAAUCUUGUCGAAUAGUCGAGUAAAGCCUUUUUUUCGCAGAUACAUACCAUCCUGUAAGGACAUCGUAGUGGACAGCGGAGUUUCUUGCAGUUUUGGGUAGUGUUUGACUAUUCCCCAGGCUUUGCAGGACUAGCCUGUUGCUGCCAAGAUGGCUCAACGUGAUGCAGACAAAUAUCUCUAUGUGGACAGAAAUUUGAUAAAUAACCCUCUGGCACAAGCAGAUUGGGCAGCAAAGAAGCUUGUGUGGGUACCAUCUGAGCGACAUGGGUUUGAGGCUGCUAGUGUCAAGGAGGAAUCUGGGGAGGAAGCUUUGGUGGAGCUGGUUGAAAAUGGGAAGAAGGUGAAGGUGAACAAAGAUGACAUCCAGAAGAUGAACCCUCCCAAGUUCAGCAAGGUGGAAGAUAUGGCUGAGCUUACUUGCCUCAAUGAGGCCUCUGUACUGCACAACCUCAAAGAGAGAUACUACUCUGGUCUCAUAUAUACAUAUUCUGGAUUAUUCUGUGUUGUCAUCAACCCAUAUAAGAACUUGCCAAUUUAUUCAGAAGAAAUUAUAGAAAUGUACAAGGGCAAGAAGCGUCAUGAGAUGCCUCCUCACAUCUAUGCAAUCACCGAUACUGCGUACAGGAGUAUGAUGCAAGAUCGCGAGGACCAGUCUAUUCUUUGCACAGGAGAAUCUGGAGCUGGUAAAACAGAGAACACAAAAAAAGUGAUUCAGUAUCUUGCACAUGUGGCUUCCUCCCAUAAGAGCAAGAAAGAUCAGCAGUCAUCAGUGCUGUCUUACGGAGAGCUUGAAAGACAACUUCUACAGGCUAACCCAAUUCUUGAAGCUUUUGGAAAUGCCAAGACUGUGAAAAAUGAUAAUUCCUCAAGAUUUGGUAAAUUCAUCCGAAUCAAUUUUGAUGUCACAGGCUACAUUGUAGGAGCCAAUAUUGAGACCUAUCUCCUGGAGAAGUCCCGUGCAAUCCGCCAGGCUAAGGACGAAAGGACUUUUCAUAUUUUCUACUAUAUGCUUUCAGGUGCAGGAGAACACCUUAAGUCCGAUUUGCUGCUUGAGGGUUAUAACAACUACCGUUUUCUUUCUAAUGGACAUGUUACCAUUCCUGGACAACAGGAUAAAGACCUGUUUACUGAAACCAUGGAUGCUAUGAAAAUCAUGGGUAUUCCAGAGGAUGAGCAAAAUGGUCUCUUGAGAGUUGUUUCAGCGGUGCUUCAGCUUGGAAACAUCAGUUUCAAGAAGGAGAGGAACACUGAUCAGGCUUCCAUGCCUGACAAUACUGCUGCUCAAAAGGUGUGCCACUUGAUGGGCAUGAGUGUAACAGACUUCAGCAGGGCAAUCCUCACUCCCCGUAUUAAAGUUGGCCGUGAUUACGUUCAGAAGGCCCAGACCAAAGAACAGGCAGACUUUGCAGUUGAAGCUCUGGCAAAGGCCACAUAUGAGCGUAUGUUCCGGUGGUUAGUAAUGCGCAUAAACAAGGCUCUGGACAAAACCAAGCGCCAAGGAGCAUCCUUCAUCGGUAUCCUGGACAUUGCUGGGUUUGAAAUUUUUGAGUUGAAUUCCUUUGAGCAGUUGUGUAUCAAUUAUACUAAUGAAAAGCUACAGCAGCUGUUUAAUCACACUAUGUUUAUCCUUGAACAAGAAGAAUAUCAACGUGAAGGAAUUGAGUGGAGUUUCAUCGACUUUGGGUUAGACUUGCAACCCUGUAUUGACUUAAUUGAAAAACCAGCUAGUCCUCCAGGCAUACUGGCCUUGUUGGAUGAAGAGUGCUGGUUCCCUAAAGCUACUGAUAAGUCCUUUGUGGAAAAAGUUGUUCAGGAGCAAGGUACACAUUCUAAAUUUCAGAAGCCAAAGCAGCUGAAAGACAAAGCCGAUUUCUGCAUCAUGCACUAUGCUGGAAAGGUGGAUUAUAAGGCUGAUGAAUGGCUAAUGAAGAACAUGGAUCCUUUAAAUGAUAAUGUUGCUACAUUGCUAAAUCAGUCAUCUGACAAAUUUGUUUCUGAGCUGUGGAAAGAUGUUGACCGCAUUGUUGGCCUGGACCAGGUGGCAGGCAUGUCAGAGACUUUGCCAGGAGCUUUUAAGACCCGAAAAGGCAUGUUCCGGACAGUAGGACAGCUGUACAAAGAGCAGUUAUCCAAGCUAAUGGCCACAUUGCGUAACACAAACCCUAACUUUGUCCGAUGCAUUAUACCAAAUCAUGAGAAAAAGGCUGGCAAGCUAGAGCCUCACCUGGUUCUGGAGCAGCUGCGCUGCAAUGGUGUGCUGGAAGGAAUCCGUAUUUGUCGACAGGGAUUCCCUAACCGUAUAGUUUUCCAGGAGUUUAGACAGAGGUAUGAAAUCCUUACUCCCAAUGCGAUUCCAAAAGGCUUUAUGGAUGGAAAACAGGCUUGUGUUCUUAUGAUCAAAGCCCUGGAGUUGGAUUCCAACCUAUACCGAAUUGGACAGAGCAAAGUCUUCUUUAGGGCGGGUGUAUUGGCACAUCUAGAAGAGGAGAGAGACAUGAAGAUCACAGAUGUCAUUAUUAGCUUCCAGGCAUGGUGCCGUGGAUACUUAGCACGCAAGGCAUUUGCAAAGCGCCAGCAACAGCUGACUGCUAUGAAGGUUAUUCAGAGGAACUGUGCAGCCUACUUAAAGCUUAGAAACUGGCAGUGGUGGAGACUGUUCACGAAGGUCAAACCACUGCUGCAGGUAACCAGACAAGAGGAAGAAAUGGUGGCUAAAGAUGAAGAACUGCAGAAAACCAAAGAGAAACACCAACUAGCUGAGCAACUACUGGAUGAAAUGAAUGAAAAACAGAAACAGAUGAUGGCAGAGAAGAUGCAGUUACAGGAGCAGCUUCAGGCUGAAACAGAGUUGUGUGCUGAGGCAGAGGAGAUGCGUUCCCGACUUGCUGCUAAAAAGCAGGAAUUGGAGGAAUUCCUUCAUGACCUGGAGUCAAGGUUGGAGGAAGAGGAGGAGAAAGUCCAGCAUAUGGCAGUUGAGAAAAAGAAGAUGCAACAAAACAUUUCUGAGCUGGAAACGCAGCUGGAUGAGGAAGAAGCUGCUCGUCAGAAAUUACAGCUUGAAAAGGUGACUCUGGAAGCAAAACUGAAAAAAAUAGAGGAGGAUGUUCUUGUUUUAGAAGACCAGAACACCAAGUUCUUGAAGGAAAAGAAACUCUUAGAAGAGAGAAUAUCGGAAUUCACUACUAAUCUGGCUGAGGAAGAGGAGAAGUCCAAGAGCCUGGCCAAGUUGAAAAACAAGCAUGAAGCAAUGAUUACAGAGCUUGAAGAUCGGUUACGCCGUGAAGAGAAAUUACGUCAAGAACUGGAGAAAACGCGGCGUAAGCUGGAAGGCGAUUCUACAGAUCUUACUGACCAAAUUGCUGAGCUUCAGGCACAGAUUGCUGAACUAAAAGCUCAGCUAGCCAAGAAGGAGGAAGAAUUGCAUGCAGCUUUGACCAGAAUCGAGGAAGAGUCUUCACAGAAGAACAUGGCUCACAAGAAGAUUAGAGAGCUUGAAUCUCAGUUGUCUGAGCUGCAGGAAGAUCUGGAGUCUGAGCGAGCUGCCAGGAAUAAAGCAGAGAAGCAAAAGAGGGACUUGGGUGAAGAACUGGAAGCCCUAAAAACUGAGUUGGAAGAUACUCUUGACACAACUGCUGCCCAACAGGAACUUCGUGCUAAACGAGAGACUGAGGUCACUCAGCUAAAACACGCCUUGGAAGACGAAGCAAAGACUCAUGAAGUGCAGGUGCAGGAUAUGCGGCAGAAACAUGCCCAAGCUGUAGAGGAGUUGACUGAACAGCUGGAAGGUGUAAAGAGGUUGAAGGCCAACCUUGAAAAAGCAAAGCAGGGUCUAGAGAAUGAACGAAAUGAACUGGCCAAUGAAGUUAAGACAUUAUUGCAAGGCAAAGGCGAUUCUGAACAUCGGCGCAAAAAGGUGGAAACGCAACUGCAAGAGAUACAAGUGAAGUUCACAGAGAGUGAAAGAGUGAAGGCAGAACUGGCUGAAAGGAUGCAUAAACUACAGGCGGAACUGGAUAAUGUUAAUGGACUGCUUACUCAGGCAGAAAGCAAAUCCAUCAAAUCGGCGAAAGAUCAUUCCACUUUGGAAUCGCAGCUUCAGGAUGCCCAGGAGCUGCUGCAGGAAGAAACCAGACAGAAACUUGCAGUUUCUACAAAGCUAAAACAGAUGGAGGAUGAGCAGAAUAGUUUAAGAGACCAGUUAGAAGAGGAGGAGGAAGCUAAGCGAAACUUGGAGAAACAGAUCAUGACUAUACAGUCUCAGAUUGUCGACAUGAAGAAGCGUACUGAAGAGGGCUCAAAUGCACUAGAUUUGGCCGAGGAAUCCAAGAAGAAAUUGCAAAAGGAAAUGGAAAGUUUGCACCAGUCUUUGGAAGAGAAGUGUGCUGCUUAUGAUAAGCUGGAGAAAACUAAAAACCGCCUGCAACAGGAACUUGAUGAUUUGCUCGUGGAUCAGGAUCACCUCAGACAAAUUGUGUCCAAUUUAGAGAGAAAACAGAAGAAGUUUGACCAGAUGCUGGCAGAAGAGAAGACUAUAUCUGCUAAAUAUGCAGAAGAGCGUGAUCGUGCUGAGGCAGAAGCCAGAGAAAAGGAGACCAAAACCCUAGCCCUCACAAGGGCCUUGGAAGAAGCCACUGAGCAAAAAGUAGAGUUGGAACGUCUUAACAAGCAACUUCGUACCGAGAUGGAGGACCUGGUCAGCUCUAAAGAUGAUGUUGGCAAGAAUGUGCAUGAACUGGAGAAAUCAAAACGUGCUUUGGAGCAACAGGUAGAGGAAAUGAAAACUCAGUUGGAAGAGCUUGAAGAUGAGCUUCAGGCUACAGAAGAUGCUAAAUUAAGGCUGGAAGUUAACAUGCAGGCAUUAAAAGCACAGUUUGAAAGAGACCUUCAGGGCAGAGAUGAGCAGAGUGAAGAUAAAAAGAAGCAACUUAUUAAACAAGUUCGUGAAAUGGAGGCAGAAUUGGAAGAUGAAAGAAAACAGCGAUCUGUAGCUGUUGCAGCAAGGAGAAAGCUUGAAAUGGACUUUAAAGAUCUGGAAGCUCAAAUUGAUGCUGCUAACAAAGGCAGAGAGGAAGCAAUCAAGCAACUCAAGAAACUACAGGCUCAAACAAAGGAUGUGAUGCGUGAAUUGGAUGAUGCACGAGCUUCUCGUGAAGAGAUCCUUUCUCAAUCUAAAGAGAAUGAGAAGAAGCUUAAAUCAAUGGAGGCUGAAAUGAUCCACAUGCAAGAGGAGCUGGCUGCUGCCGAAAGAGCAAAACGACAGGCACAACAAGAACGGGAUGAACUAGCAGAUGAAAUUUCCAAUGCAGGAAGCAAAAGCUCUCUGGCUCUUGAAGAGAAACGGCGGCUAGAAGCUCGUAUUGCUCAGUUAGAAGAGGAGCUUGAAGAGGAGCAGGGUAAUACUGAAUUGGUCAAUGACAGACUUAGAAAGUCUACACUUCAGGUUGACCAGCUAACCGCAGAGCUAACAGCAGAGCGAAGUAAUGCUCAAAAGUUAGAUAAUGCUCGCAUGCAGUAUGAAAGGCAGAACAAAGAGCUCAAACUCAAAUUGCAGGAAAUGGAGGGAUCUGUUAAAUCCAAAUUCAAGGCUUCAAUCGCAGCCCUAGAGGCUAAAAUUGCACAGCUUGAAGAACAACUUGAUGUGGAAACCAGGGAGAGACAGUCGGCAUCUAAAGUGGUUCGCCGUACUGAGAAGAAGUUGAAAGAAGUUGCCCUGCAAGUUGAAGAUGAAAGGCGCAAUUCUGAACAGUACAAGGAUCAGGCUGAUAAAGCAAACAUUCGCAUGAAGCAACUGAAACGACAACUGGAAGAGGCUGAAGAGGAGGCUCAGCGUGCGAAUGCUGCCAGACGGAAGCUUCAGCGUGAGCUUGAAGAUGUGUCCGAGACUGCUGAUGCCAUGAAUCGUGAAGUUUUGGGUUUAAAGAAUAAACUCAGGCGUGGAGAUCUGCCAUAUGCCAUGCGCCGAAUAGGUGGAAGAAAGGGUAUGGAAGAGGCUUCUGAUGAGGAAGGUGAUGGUAAAGGAGAAGGCGGUGAUGCUAAGGCAGAAUAAAUCAAGGAACCAAGGAUACACGUCACUGCUGUAUUUUGCUCUUGUUACUGCUUUCUCUGCAGCAUGGCACUUGAGCCACACAAUGUCUGCAAUGCAGCUUUUCACCCUUUAAGCACAUUCAGAAAAAACUGAACUUCUCUGUGAGAAAGGCAGUGAAAUUGUAAUCAAGCCGAUAUUUUAAGCUUUUCAGGCUGAUCACUCUCCUUCUAAAACCUGCGUUAUCUUCCAAGAAGCACAGCAAUACUAAAUCUGGUUAAUUCUAAAUUUGACACCAGUUUAGUUACGCAUUUGGUUAAAAGUGCAAUUGGUAAUAUCAGGGCAAUACUUUUUACAUAUAUUACGUCUUGUGCUUUGUGCUUCUAACCCCCUUAAUUUGGUUAUCUGCCUUUCAGCUCUUUUCCCUUAGAAUCGACUGACUGUAAGAAUUCCGGGGAAUCUGAAUCUAUCCAGGGUUUGUAUUUUUUUUUUUUUUUAAAUACAUAUCCAAUAAAACAAUUUUGUUGCAGCCAUUCAUCUGCUUAUUCUUAAGUACACGCCAGGACUAACAGGAUGUUCUUAAUGGCUGACAAAUUAUAUUUGAUAUGUGGUAUUCAUUGGAUCCUAUUUUUCUGAACCAGUUUAAAGAGGCAAUAAACAUACUGUUGUUAAAAUGAACCUGUUAUUAAAUAGAAACAGGAAACCUGCUAUCGCUGAAAUAGAAGUCUUGCCUGCUUGCUGUUUUCAACACUCUAAAUGUUUUGCCAGCCGUGUUAUUUGAGCAAUGCAGUUUCACUGCCUUUCUGAUAUUCCUUAAAUAAAGUUAAAAGCUUUAAGUUGAAAUGUGAAGUAUUUUGUGAUAAUUACACAAUCUUAACAUACAAAGCAAUGGAUUUUUAUUGUGAAGACAUUUAUCCAAAAUUGGUAUAGAUUUGAUAAUGGCUGGUGUAUUUCAGAGAACCUAGUCAGCUUUCUGAAUGUGUCUCUGUGGACUUUUCAUGCACAAAGUUAUUUCUGUGUCAUGAUGUGGAAAUGAUUGCUAUGAACAUUUAAAUUUAUACCAUCCCUCUUUUGUUGUUUAUACGUUUUGAAUAAUGCAAAUGCCAAAACACAAACUUAAUAUUUAUAUAUGCAGUGCCCUGUUUUACAUGCAUCUCACCACACCAUGAUGAUCGUCAAAUAUUCUAGAAAUGUGCUUUAGUAUGUCCAGUAUUCUGUAUUGGCAAACACAGCUGUUGUAUACUGGGCCCAGUAUGUUACUCUUUGGGCCGAAAGAAAGGAGGGAGUGCAUGUCUGCCUGACGGUGUCCUCUUCUCCAGUCCACCAUUAUCUUCACCACUUCUACUGCACAGAGGCCGGGAGUUUAGAAUAAACCUCAGUAGCUGUAUGGGCGGGCAUAUAUCUGGGCAUAUUGUGUGGCACCGUAGUCUUCUUGUGUAUUCAGCGUGUAUCCCUUUUUAAAUUGCAAAGAUGAAUAGCUGCCAAUUAUGUUGUGUGGAUUUGAGAUCCGUUUGUUUGAAAGAUGUCCUUUUUAUAAAAAAAAAAAUAAAAUAAAGUGCCUUACUUGCGUUUAGCACUCAGCACAAUUAUUAAAUAAAGUAUAUUGAAAUGA